AUCAGUCAGCCUCCGUGUUGAAUGUGUGUCUGUCGUCAGACAGCUCUCAGAGACAGCUGACCAGACACGGACGGGCUUUUACAAUGGGCUCAAAGCGACGGAGAGCCACUUCUCCAUCCAGCAGUGUGAGCGGAGGAGAUUUUGAGGACAGCCAGACCACAUCCAUACCUUCAACCAGUCGGAAGAGGAGAAGAACCCCAAACAUCCCUACUGUUGACCCCAUUGCCGUGUGUCACGAGUUGUACAACACUAUCAGAGACUAUAAGGACGAUCAGGGCAGGAUGCUGUGUGAACUCUUCAUCAGAGCACCAAAGAGAAGGAACCAGCCGGAUUACUAUGAGGUGGUGUCUCAGCCCAUUGACAUGAUGAAAAUCCAGCAGAAGCUGAAGAUGGAGGAGUAUGAUGAUGUUGAGCUGCUCACAGCUGAUUUUCAGCUCUUAUUCAACAAUGCCAAGACAUACUACAAACCUGAGACUCCGGAGUUCAGAGCGGCUUGUAAACUGUGGGAUCUGUAUAUUCGCACCAAAAAUGAGUUUGUGCAGCGAGGGGACUAUGAUGAAGAUGAUGACGAUGACGACUCACAGGAAAACCCUGGAGGGGCCACAGAGGAGGAGUUUAUCUCGAGCCUUAAGGAAGUGCUUGGGCAGCUUCUGGAUGCUGUGUUGACGUGCACAGAACAUGGGCGUCUCAUUAGUGAACUUUUCCAGAGACUUCCCUCUAAAGUGCAAUAUCCAGAUUAUUAUGCUAUUAUUAAAGAACCAAUAGAUCUGAAGACCGUUGCACAACGAAUACAGAUGGGCUACUAUAAAAGUGUAAACCAUAUGGCUAAAGACAUUGACUUGUUAGUCAAAAAUGCCAAAACCUACAAUGAACCCGGAUCACAAGUAUUUAAAGAUGCAAACACCAUCAAAAAGAUUUUUUCACAAAGAAAACUGGAGCUUGAACAUUCUGAACCUAUUAAAAGCAGCAUCAGGAUCAGGAACAGAAGGUUUGGACAGGGAGACCGACUCUCCUCCAUCACUACUGCUCUACAGUAUGGCUCAGAGAGUGAAGAGGAUGCCAUACUAACUGGCUCUGUUCAUUAUGAUGAGGGCGAGUCAGAGGCCGAGAGCAUCCACUCCAGCAUGGACAUGAGCAACCCCAUCUUCCAGAUGUACGAGGCAGUGCGGGGCUGUAGGAACAACCAGGGACAGCUUUUAGCCGAGCCCUUCUUUCAGCUUCCCUCCAGGAAAGACUACCCCAACUACUUCCAGCAAAUCAGCCACCCAAUCUCCCUCCAGCAGAUAAGGAGCAAGAUGAAGAGCAGUGAAUAUGAAAGUGUGGAACAGAUAGACACAGACCUCAACCUGAUGUUUGAGAACGCAAAACGCUACAACGUUCCCAACUCUCAAAUCUACAAGCGUGUGAUGAAGUUGCAGCAUAUAUUGCAGGCUGAGAAGAGUGAGGACACAGCAGGUGGUGGAUGGAAGGGGGCUCUACAACGCAACUACAGCCAGGACUGCAGCUUCAAGGACAACAUGUACCACGUGGGAGACUAUGUUUAUGUAGAGCCCACAGAACCAAACCUGCAGCCGCACAUCGUCUGCAUAGAGCGCCUGUGGCAGGAUGAUGCAGGAGAGAACUGGCUUUAUGGCUGCUGGUUCUAUAGACCCAACGAAACAUUUCAUCUCGCCACACGCAAAUUUCUUGAGAAAGAAGCUUUCAAAAGUGACUAUUACAACAAAAUUCCUGUCAGUAAAAUACUGGGUAAAUGUGUCGUCAUGUUUGUGAAGGAGUAUUUCAAGCUUCAGCCUGACAGCUUCAGACCUGAAGAUGUUUUUGUUUGCGAGUCUCGUUAUUCUGCGAAAACCAAGUCCUUCAAAAAGAUCAAGAUGUGGACGAUGCCCCUGAGCUCCGUGAAGUUCGUCCCUCGUGUAGUGCCCUUGCCUGUGGUUCGUGUGGCCUCCAUGUUUGCACCCAAACAGGACAGCGAGAAGCCUCUUGAGGUGGCAGAGGAUGGCAAAGCUGUGCCAUUGAUUAUUAAUCAGGAGAGAGAGGAUGUUACCAUGGAGGUCAGUAAUGGAGAGCCAGGCUGCCAGUACUAUGAGCAGCUCUGCUACAACGACAUGUGGCUAAAAGUGGGAGACUGUGUCUACAUCCGCUCUCAUGGGCUCGUACGCAACCGUGUGGGCAGAAUAGAGAAGAUGUGGGUGCGAGAUGAAGCUGCCUACUUUUUUGGCCCCAUCUUCAUCCAUCCCGAGGAGACUGAGCAUGAACCUACUAAGAUGUUCUACAAGAAGGAAGUGUUCCUCAGUAACCUGGAAGAAACCUGCCCUAUGACCUGUAUUGGAGGGAAGUGUACAGUGUCUUCUUUCAAAGAUUUCCUGUCAUGCCGGCCAACUGAAAUGCUGGAGGAGAAUGUGUUGCUGUGUGAGAGCCGCUACAUCGAGAGCGAGAAGCAAAUGAAGAAGUUUAAAGGGCUGAAGCGCUUCUCUCUGUCUGCCAAAGUAGUUGAGGAUGAAAUCUAUUACUUUCGAAAGCUUAUAGUGCCUCAGAAGGAGCCUUCUCCACUGCUGGAUAAGAAGAUCGAGGAGUUGGAGGCCAAGUUUGCAGAUAUGACGGAUGAAGAGCUGGAGGAUUUGGGAGAUGAUGAUGGAGACGGAUCUGAUGCUCACUGCAUGCGGCAGCUUCAGACUCAGCUGACCAGCGACAUGGACAUGCUGCAUUAUGCACCCCCCCAGUCCACACCAAAGUCAAUUAAAGGUCUGUCAAAGAAGGAGGGGGCGAAGAGGAAGAUCAACAUGAGUGGCUACAUCCUCUUCAGCAGUGAAAUGAGAGCCGUCAUCAAGGCCCAGCAUCCUGACUUCUCCUUUGGAGAACUCAGUCGACUGGUGGGCACAGAGUGGAGGAACCUUGAGGCCACUAAGAAAGCUGAGUACGAAGAGCGGGCAGCAAAGGUAGCGGAGCAUCAGGAGCGAGAAAGAGCAGCGCAUCAGAACUCCCCAAGAGCAGGUACCCCAGUAGGGGCGCUCAUGGGGGUAAUACCUCCCCCGACCCCCAUGGGGAUGCUUAGCCACAGCAUGACGCCUAUGGCAGGCAUGAUGGGUAGUUACAGGCCACCCAUGCAGCCCUUUCAGGGGUCUGUCAAUGGCAUGAUUAACUUGGCCGGCAUGCCUCCGCAUCCCAUGAGGCUGCCUACCUUACCCCUCUACUCCCCGUGGGGUAUGCCUAGCAUGCCAUAUCCGGGUAUAAAUGGAAUGGCCCCAGGGUCUACAGGAAGCACUUAUGGGAUUCAGAUGGGUGUGAUGAACUCAGGCCAGCAGGCCCCGCCACCUUACCCGGGGCAGGGCCAGGUUGGGCAGCCCGCUCUGCAGCAACCCUCCACCCCCAUAUUUGUGGCUCCUCCACCCAAACCCCAGCGACUGCUCCAUUCAGAGGCUUACCUGAAAUACAUAGAAGGACUCAGUGCUGAGUCCACUACUGUCAGCAAAUGGGACCAAACGCUCUCUGCUCGCAGAAAAGAUGUACGGCUCACAAAAGAGCAGGAGAGCCGCCUGCCCUCUCAUUGGCUGAAGAGUAAGGGAGCUCACAAGACCAUGGCUGAUGCUCUGUGGCGACUACGGGACCUAAUGCUACGAGACACACUAAACAUUCAACAGACGUAUAACAUCCAAAACCUCUGAAGCAUUCCUCCUCAUUCUCCCCCGACAAGAUGAGAUGUUCUUAGUGUUUUAAUGUUGUGAUCAAAUAACGUUCUGUUUAGGCUUUUGUAAUGCUAAAUAUCGUCUGUUGGCUUUGUUAGUGUUGAUGGUUCUUGAUGGCACUUUCAAUUGGCUGAUUUUGUAUGUUGGCUAUUCAAUGUUCUUAGUCCAAUUUAAACAUUUUCAUAAAAUGUUGAACUUUAAAGUGUUGACCUUAAUGUUUGUGCACUGUAAUCUGUGAAAGGGUUAAGUUAGGAUUGUUAUGAGAGAAUGGUCGUUUUGGGGUCUUGGUUCAGAAAACGGUAUACAACAAAAAGUUAAUAAGCCUAUUUUUCAUAUCAUCCCAGUUGUAUUAGCUAAAAACAUUUUGGAAUGGACAUCAUCUGUCUAUUGUUUCAAUAAACUAACAG